AUGGACAGCCAGAGGUGUCCCUCUCUCCACAUUGGCCUUUAUGGCAGUCUGAUGAUGGCAACACAACAGGCGUUCGGACCCAGGUUUUCUGAUGAGUUCAGCCUGCUGAUGGAGCUGCGCAGCUCUCAGGUGGAGGAGAGCAGUGUGGUGACUCUGUUAAACUCCCAGCAUCACGUCCACCUGCAGCUCCGCCUCGGCCCCUCUUCACUCACCUUCAUCUCCACCCAGCACAGAGAAUACGAGUUCACAGUGGGCUCUCUGUUGGAUGGUCAGUGGCACCGGGUGGCACUGAGUGUCUCCCCGCUUUGGCUGGAGGUGUAUGUGGACUGUUCUUUGGUGGAGAGAGUGAACUGGGCCUAUCCUUGGCAGCGCAUCUCCACCAAUGGCGUUCUGAUGAUCGGAGGCAGUCUGGACGGCUCAGAGACACCAUUUGAAGGUGCUGUAAGACAGAUGACUUUUGUGAUGGGGGAUCCAGACACUGCCAGAGACCAAUGCACUCUCAAUCAGCCUUCCUGCAACCCACCAUCCUCCAGUCAAAACCAGGAUCACCUGUCAGAGAGAAACCCUGCAGACUCCACCAAUCAAGAUGCUGCUGACCAAAGCCAAGGCUUUAUACUUGUUGAUGAACCUCACAUUGUGUGGACAACUAACACUGAAGAUGUUAAAAGAGUUCCGGACAUUAAAUGGUCUCCAAGCAUCCGAACAUCAGAUGAAAAUAUCAUCCAACAAAGUGCAGUGGAUACAGCCUUAACCUCACCUGAUUCACCGAUACCAACGUCUGAGGUCAAAUCGAACAAUGCUACUUUAGUGAUGCACAAUAAUCUGAUACUACCAAUGGCACCAAAAGGACAUUGGGAGUCAAACAGACCUUUUCCUCAUUCAGGAAGCAUUGAGGAAGGGCAGCAUUCCAGUCUGCAGCACAUGGGGUCAAAUCCAUCUGUACCUUCUGGGGACCUCAUUUAUGGAUCUGACCAGAGAAUCUACCGAAUCCAUAAAGGUCUUUCUGGGCCAAUUGGAGCACAAGGAAGGAGGGGAUGUGCUGGGAGAGAAGGCUAUGUCGGAUUAAAGGGUGACAAGGGCUCUCAAGGUGUUCCAGGCCUGGAUGGGAGGAGAGGGGAACCAGGGCCUCUGGGACCUCCAGGACUUCCCACACUUUACUUAUGGCGGAACUCUGAGGACGACUGGACGGCUUUUAGGAGAUCAUCCUUUGCUCAAAUGCUCAGAGCUGGCUGGCCGGUGAAGCCUGGCCCACCUGGUCCCACGGGUGAGAUAGGAAAACCUGGCCUUCCAGGUAUUCCUGGUGACCCAGGGAACAGAGGAAUGCCAGGACAGAGGGGACACAUGGGUGACUCUGGGCCAAGGGGCGCCCCUGGCAAGACAGGGAGUGUGGGCAGGAAUGGCCGUCAAGGAGUGGAUGGGAGUUGUGGGCCACCAGGACUUCCUGGGCUCCAGGGUCCCAGAGGUUUUAAGGGAGAAGGGCCUUUACCAGGAGAGAAAGGAGAUGAGGGUUUAACUGGGGAGCCUGGACCAUGUGGAGACAGAGGGAGAACUGGGGCAAAGGGAUAUAAAGGGGAACCAGGAGAAGAUGGACCUGUUGGACCUCUUGGUCCUUUAGGUAAAAGAGGCCCUCAAGGGCCGCCUGGACCUCCAGGACCACAGGGAGACUCUGGACAUGAUGAAAUGAUGGGUCCUCCAGGACAAGUGGGUGCACCCGGGGCCACAGGUGGUAUAGGGCCACCUGGAGUUGAUGGGUUUGAGGGGGCUCAAGGUCCAACUGGUCCACGAGGUCGUAAAGGCCCUCAUGGACCGUUGGGAUUAGCAGGAGUGACAGGCCCACAUGGACCUCAAGGGACUCAGGGUCAAUCAGGCAAUGGUGGCCCCUCUGGUCCAAAAGGGGAGAUGGGUGACAUAGGACCUAUGGGGAAAACAGGAUCACCUGGCAUUGAAGGGCCUACGGGGAUGUUUGGAAGUCCUGGUCCAAAAGGAUAUCCAGGUGCCACAGGCUUCAGAGGAAGGGAUGGUGACCACGGAGAGGCUGGACCCAAAGGAGACAGAGGCCCACGAGGUGCUCCAGGAAUCCAGGGUCGUCUGGGAGAGAGGGGUGAACGUGGCACCUCAGGCUCUCCAGGGGUGAGAGGUCAGCCUGGGCCCAGAGGAACAGAGGGUGAGGAUGGGGAAGCUGGUCUCCAGGGAGCAGUUGGGAAACAAGGGCCAAAGGGAAACAGAGGAACCCCAGGACAAAAUGGGAAGUUAGGACUCAAAGGACAAAGGGGUCGCCCGGGACUUCCUGGCCUGUUUGGUAUACCUGGCAUUCUGGGUUUCAGAGGCCAUGUUGGGACUGAGGGACCAGAAGGAAAGCCUGGUACACAGGGUGCCUAUGGUUCCGUUGGCUCUCCUGGCCCUAAAGGAGACAGAGGGUUUCCAGGUGUGGCUGGUGAGCGAGGGCAGACAGGUCGUCCAGGAGCGAAAGCUCCUGGAAAGCCAGGUGAAAAUGGAAUCCCUGGACCAGCUGGGGAGAGGGGCUUCACAGGAAACUCGGGAAUGAUGGGCCCCCAGGGUCCAGUGGGCAUGUAUGGUUACCACGGAUCAGUGGGUGUGACUGGGGUACCAGGCCACAUGGGACAAAGGGGAGACGCUGGUGUCAGAGGACUUCCUGGCAGCCGUGGAAAGACUGGACCUCCAGGUCUGCAGGGCCUUCCUGGUGAGAGAGGGCCUCCAGGGCCUCAGGGCCGUCUUGGAGAGUUGGGGCCCAAAGGCAUUCAGGGGCUGCCAGGUCCUCCAGGCAAGCCUGGACCAGGGGGCGGCAUGGGGAGCCCUGGUCCUCCAGGGGGUCAGGGGUCACCAGGGCCACCAGGGUCAGCUGGACCCAGAGGGUUUCCAGGAACAUCAGGAAUUCCUGGGCUGAUGGGUCAGGCUGGAGCAAAAGGAGACCAGGGAGCAAUGGGCCCUGUUGGGAUUAUUGGUGCUCCAGGACUGGAUGGGCAGCAGGGUCCUCCAGGGCCAAGUGGAGAAGACGGGAUUCCUGGAGCAAAAGGUGACCAGGGACUUCCGGGCCCUCAGGGACCACCAGGACCCAAGAGACCAAAGGGAAAGCCAGGACCUCAGGGAUCCCGGGGGCUGCAGGCUGAGCCUGGCCAGAGGGGCAAAGAGGGAGAUGUUGGAGGGCCUGGAUCACCUGGGGACCGGGGUGUUAAAGGAGCCAAGGGAUAUGUUGGAAAUCCUGGCCCAUUGGGGUCAGAGGGGCCUCCAGGAGUCUUGGGCAUCAAAGGGUGGAGAGGAUCAAAAGGAGAAAAGGGCUACACAGGCCAAAUGGGUCAAGGGGGCCUGAUGGGAACGGUUGGACCAUCGGGCUUAUUAGGACUACAGGGGUUUCCAGGUAUUUUGGGGAUUCCAGGACCUAAUGGGCCACCAGGACUAAAGGGAGAUACGGGUCCUGCUGGUUUGAUGGGGGAUGAGGGAACUCCAGGUCCUAAGGGCGUGACAGGAAGCCCAGGUGUGAAAGGUGACAUGGGACAAUCUGGAACAACAGGUUCAUCAGGAGUCAGAGGAGGACCUGGCAACCCUGGUGCAAAGGGAUCUCCUGGACCCGAGGGGCCGAGAGGCGAGCCUGGAGAGACAGGGCUGCCAGGAGAGAGUCCUGAUGGCCUGCCAGGAAAUAAGGGCCCUCCAGGAUUACCAGGACCAGAGGGUAGAGACGGUGACGUGGGGCUUCAGGGCCCUAUUGGCCUUCAAGGGCCUCAGGGACCAAAAGGUGUUCCUGGACUGGUGGGAAGGAAAGGACCAAAAGGUCAAAAGGGGGAUGAUGGCAGAAGUGGACGUCCAGGGAAGGACGGACGCACUGGGAGGAGGGGGAAAAGAGGGAAAGCUGGUAGUAGUGGUUUGAGAGGGAGACGAGGAGAAAAGGGGAAGAUAGGAGAUCUGGGUCCAUCUGGUCCUCCAGGAAGACACGGAACAUAUGGCAAAGCUGGGCCUCGUGGAGAAAAAGGUGAAACCGGUCGACCCGCCUUAAAGGGAGAAUCUGGGGAUAUAGGAGCAGAUGGCCCUUCUGGUCGAGAGGGGUUAAAGGGAAUACAAGGCUCCACUGGAGAGCCAGGAAGAGAUGGUGAAAAGGGAGAGCAGGGCAACAUCGGCCUUCCAGGUACACAGGGAUCUGCAGGCCUGCCUGGGCUGUCUGGUUUGUUUGGACACAAGGGCCUGAAAGGAUUUUCUGGACCACCAGGCCUGACUGGGGAGAAAGGAUUACCUGGUCUGCCCGGCCCACCUGGGCCCCCAGGGGCCACACUCAACCUCACCGUGACUCAGCUGAAGGAGCUCAUGUACGUGUCGGACAAGCCCAACCCGGUCCUGGUGCAGGCUCUGCUGGUCUCCCUGCAGGGGGAGCUCCGCUGGUUCAUAAACCCACCAGAUGGCAGCAAACUUCACCCAGCUACUACAUGUCUGGAGCUGCGGCUGGCUCACCCAGACUCCACUAACGGGGUGUAUUACAUUGAUCCUAACCAGGGCAGCCCAGCUGAUGCGUUUCAAGCGUAUUGUGACUUCACAGCAGAACCAAAGACCUGCCUGUCUCCACAGCAGACUCAGGUUCCAAUCAAGGCUUGGCUGAAGGAUUCUGGCACCAACAUGUCAUUUCACUGGUUGAGCACAGUUGAAGAUGGCUUCCAGUUUGAGUAUCAAGGAGCAGCAGAUGUGGUGCAGAUGAGGUUUCUGCGACUGAACAGCAGAGUCUCCACUCAGACCAUCACCUACUCCUGUCAGCCAGGAAGUAGACAGAGCCACAGAGAGAGGGAAGCCAAGUUCCUGGCUGACACUCGGAGGCAGAGUUACCUGGGGCCAAUGGCAGACUGUGUGAUGUCAGAGACGUUGGAGUCAGUAGGUCGGGAAUCCAUUUUUCAGUUUGAAAGUGAAGAUCUCCAGCUGCUGCCUCUCAGGGACCUGGCAGUGUUUGGAAACGAAGAAGUAACCUGGGAGUUUGGCUUCACUAUUGGACCAGCAUGCUUCAGCUGAUCUCCCGGCACGAUUGGAUCUGUGCGAUGGCUGCAGCCCCAAAGAGCUGAACAGGCACCGUGUAUCUCGGACACUUUUCUGAUGUCCUUUAUAGCUUGACAUCAGUUUGGAGUUGGAGUUGGCAUCGCUUUGUUUGAAAGUUGUCCAACUUUGUUAGUAUGUAAGUAUGUUAACCAGCCAGUUAACUUGGGAUGUCUUGAGCUGUCUCAUUGUCCGUAGUGUAAAUUCAGUAUAGGGGACAACCUCUUUGACUUAAACACUGAGGACAAGAGACACACACAGUGAGCUGUAGAUCCUCCAGGAGACAGAGCUUCUCUCCCUUUCUGAAGGUGUCCUCUGCACAGUGACUGUUGGCUUGCACCCGGGACAUUUUGAAGCUGAAUAUCCUGAUAAUAACUUCAUUUUUUACGUUUUGUUUUGUGUGUGUUUGUGAAACUUGCUUAUUUAUGUAAAUGUUUGACUUUCAUUAAGUCACUUUCAUUUUGAUGAUAACUCAUCACAGAUAAUGUGUUUGCUUUCUCUAUUCUGGUCUUGUCUCUCAUAUUGAAGUUUGCCAGUGUUCAAGUACAUGCACAAGCACCAAGCCAACUAGCAAGUCCACUGAUUUUGGACUUUGCAUUGAAAAAAAUCUACUUUGAUCUGAAAUUCUAUUUUAUAAAAUGCAUAACCUUUCUCCCUUGCACUGUUUUUACUGUUCUUAUUUAUAUAAGUCUAAUCAUAGAAGAGUUACCAUUCAGAUGACAUUGUCAACUUUUUUUUCCCCCAUGGGAUUUUGAUCCUUUAAACUCAAACAAGAAUUAAUUGUGUGUACCAACUUUGUCCAAAUUGUCCCAUGUUUAAUGUAAGUACUGUAAAUACAUAAUGUGGCUGUUGUAGAUAUUUUUUAAACCUCUUUGACAUUUACAUGUAGUCUACAUUUAUAGUACGUCAGUCAUUUCUGUGUUUCUCCAUCUUUUGUCAUGCGUUUUUGUCUGUUGAUUUUCUAUUUGGUUGUAUGGUUCCUUAUUUAUAUUGUGUUGAUUUCAAAUUGUCCUGUUUCUGAAGCUGUACAAAAAUUAAAGCUGCAUUAAAAUGUAUUUCCUGGCCAUUUGGGGACUACAAGAAAAGGUGAAAACACGACAGCAACAUUAUCACCCUAACAAGUUGUUAUGGGGGAUGUUCACCGUUUCCUUUUGCAGAAUUUGCAUUUAUUUGGAUUGGUGUUUGUGUUAACCUUAGGAAUGUCUGUCAAAGUUGACUUGUAUUUUAGUUUAGUCCACACCAACUCCAGAGAAAGACAUUUGGCUGGUUUCUAAAUGCUGCACUAUGUUCAGCAGCUUGUGUUGAACGUUGUCCCUCUGGUGUUUGGUUCCAAACAGACUGACAGGGUGCUUAUCAGAGAUUGAUGUUGAAAACAUCUGCCUGAAAAGAGACAUUCAGGGGAGUGGAGUUAAAGGCUGGAAACCAAACCAGUGUGCUCAAAGAGCCUGAAACCUGUACAGCUGAGUGGAACUGCAGUCCAGGGAUAAUUCUCUGUGAGUCUGACAGUAUGAGUGUCUCCUCUUUUUACAUGUAGUCACUUGAUCAAUAGUUCUCAUAAAAGUAUCUAUUAGUGCAGCUUUAACCAUUAAAUGAAGGUAUUUUGCUAUUAUGGUCGUAUAUAGUCCUGGAUGGCUUAUUAGCUUCCUUCCCACC